AUGGACCGCUACCCCACAGAGCAAGAUGAGAUGGUGGCUCAGUUCUGUGCCAUGACCGGUGUCCAGGCCUCAGAUGCCGUAGAAUAUCUUGGCAACAACAACGGAGACAUUGAAGCCGCCGUGGCCGACUUCUUUGCGGAGCAGGACGAGGCUCUACAGGGGAUGAACCCUGCUGAAGAAUCCGCUGGAACAGCUACAGGAGGGCGAUCGCUAGGCGGUGCUGCUGCUCCGUCCUCUUCGGCUGCGCCUGAGCCAGCUGCUAAGCGCUCGGCGCCCAAGAAGAAGUUUGCUACAUUGGGAGACUUUGCUUCAACGAGUGGGGGCGAUUCUUCAGAAGACGAUGGCUCAGAAGACCAUGACUUCUUUGCCGGAGGCGAAAAGUCUGGCUUGGCUGUGCAGAACCCAGAUGAUCUUAAAAAGAAAAUUUUGGAAAAGGCUCGGAGAGCUGCGCCACUGCCACACUCAGAGGAGCCUGAGUCACGCCCAUCCCAUUUCACUGGCACCGCCCGUACUCUUGGUGGUGAUGAGGCUCCUAGCCGCGUUAUCGAAGAUCCUACUGCCCCCGUCCCGCAACGAGCUCAGCGUGUCCAACGAACUCUUCACUUCUGGGCCGAUGGAUUCUCAGUUGAUGAUGGUGAGCUCUACCGGUCAGAUGACCCUCGAAAUGCGGAGAUCUUGGAUGGCAUUCGACAAGGCCGUGCCCCGCUGGGUAUCAUGAAUGUGCAAGCCGGACAGGAAGUGGACGUGGAGCUUAAGCAGCAUGAAGAGAACUACGUGAAACCCAAGCCCAAGUACAAACCCUUCUCUGGAUCUGGUCAGCGCCUCGGCAGCCCGACUCCGGGUAUUACAAGCCAAUCUUCUACCCCUCCACCCGCUGCAGCUCCCACUUCUGGUGGCCAACCCCCGAAGCAAGAUGUGGACGAGUCGCAACCAAGCGUUACUCUACAAAUCCGGUUGGGAGAUGGGACUCGUAUGACUUCCCGCUUCAACACCAGUGCUACCGUUGGUGAUGUCUAUGCAUUCGUCGCUGCCGCCACUCCGAAUAGCCGCGAUCGCGCAUGGGUACUGAUGACUACAUUCCCCAACAAUGAAUUAAACGACUGGGAGGUGACUCUUGCCGAUCUACCUGAGUUCAAGCGGGGUGGAGUUGUCGUUCAGAAAUGGAAAUAG